AUGGCAUCGCUCCGGGACCGCGGCAACACCUUCACCAACACUCAGCAGAAGCAUAACUUUAGUGGCAAGCACGAGCUAUAUGGGCUCAAGAUCGGAGUGUCAGUGUCCCCAGAAGACCGCAUGGUGGAUAUGAGCACCUACCAACCUGGGUUUGUAUCCGACAUGACGAUCUUCCGCUCCCGUAAUGACAUUCACGCCCAGGCCAUGACGAAGACACCUGACGAAGUUGCUGCGAACGACAACGUGCACCCGAAGAAGAAGCCUGUCCAGGGUGCUUGGCCGCAAUGA